AUGAUGGAAUUAACCAAACUGGCCCUUCUGCUGUCUUUCCUGGCCUCAGCGACUUUGUGUCAAGGUAAGUCAAAUUUUUCAUCUAUAAGGAGCAGGAAUCUGUCAGACAGAAGCAAACGAGUGGCUUUUCAGACAUUCACAGACUCACAGACAGGAGUGACUGAGUGGACAUCCUGGUUCAACAUUGACCAUCCUGGUGGAAAUGGGGAUUAUGAGCGCCUGGAGGCGAUUCGUUUCUACUAUAGAGAGAGAGUUUGUACACGACCUACAGCCAUGGAGGCUCGCACCACAGACUGGGUGUCAGCUGCAGACACUGGCGAAGUGGUCCACUCCAGUUUGGAGAAGGGCUUCUGGUGUAUCAACAAAGAACAGCUGCAUGGCCGCAUCUGUUCCAACUACCAUGUUCGCUUUCAGUGUCCCCCAGUGCAGAGUUAUUGGACUGACUGGAGUGAGUGGGGACCCUGUUCAACUACAAUGUGUAAUGAUGUGGGAGUCCAGGUUCGGCAAAGGAAAUGUGUGAGUGCUCAGUCCAUGCCUCUUCUGUUUGUGCCAGCAUGUCAAGGACACCACUCAGAGAGGAGGGAGUGCUCCAACCCACCAUGCACAGCCAAAUGGAAUCCAUGGGGUCUCUGGGGGCCAUGUUCAGCAACCUGUGGUGGAGGUCGCCGAACCAGAAAAAGGACCUGCGUGAGGACCUCAGCAGCAGUUCAUUGUAAAGGACGAGCUGUUGAAGUCCAGAAGUGUGGAAAAAGUCCAUGCCCAGCAAAAUGCCAGCAUGUUUGCACGGAAGGCCGUCCCAGUGAGGACUGCAGCAUCUGUGUCUGUGAUGGCCACGAGGUGCAUGGAGAUGUCCAAAGUGUCACUGGAUUCCCCAUAGCGGGCGCCAGUAUAACUCUGGCCAGUCAUCCUAAAGUCAUACAUGCAAGUACAGACAGCAAAGGACAGUUCAGGCUUGUGGGAGUCUGCUCCUCCAGCUCGAGUUUGAUCACCAUCAGGAAGGACAAGUUUGUUCCUGUCAACGUCUCCACAACCAGUAAUGCUACAGGGACGUCCUGGUUGCGAGCUGUUCUCAAAUCAGCGGAAAAGCCCUACAUUGUGAAACACCCAGAGGACAAAGUGCGUUACGAAGGAGGACGGGUGUUAUUGUGCUGCACAGCAACAGGAUCACCAGCUCCUGACAAAUACUACUGGUACCACAAUGGGACUCUGCUGGACAGGAAGCUGUACAAGUACGAGGAGGACCUUAUUCUCCGGGAUAUAAAGCAAGAAGAUUCAGGGGAAUACUACUGCAAAGCCAGUAGCCCUGCAGGCAGCAUCAAGUCCACCCCAGCCCUCCUUACUGUGAUUGCUAAAGGAACCCCAGCAUGCAAUUCUACCCCUGAAUCACACCUCAUCAGACUACCAAUGGACUGCGUUCAACCCGGAACUGCCUCCAAGUAUUACAAUGCUGGCCGCUGCCCUCACAACAAAUGUGCUGGUUCCCUUGACUUUGACAUGCGCUGCAGAGAUGGAGCUGGAUUCUGCUGCGGGGUCCAGAAGAUGGAGAGUAAAGUCAUUGAUUGUGGGAACUACAAGCUCCCUAUCAGAGCUGUGACGCAGUGCGGUUGUCAGAACUGUGUGCAGCCCACUGUGCUGGUUCGUGGCAGAGUUGUCUCAGCUGACAAUGAUGAGCCUUUACGUUUCGGGCACAUCUACAUUGGUAAAGAAAGAGUGGGCACCACUGGAUACCAAGGAGGGUUCACGUUGCAAAUUACUCCAGACACUCAAAGAUUAGUGAUAAAUUUUGUUGACCCCACUCAGAAGUUUAUUGACACUCCAAAGGUGUUCAUUUUUGACAAGAAAAGUGGCUCGAUUUAUCAUGAUGUAAAAGUGAUGAAAAAGCAGCUGCCAAUUGAUAUCAAUGCAGGAGAAACCAAUUUUAUUGACUUGGGAGAAAUUAAAGGUGAAGAUCCAAUAGGGCAGUUGGUUAUUCCACCCAAUUCCUUCCAUAAAGACAGCGGUGAGAUCUAUGAGGGGACUGUGAAAGCCAGUGUCACAUUCAUUGAUCCAAGAAACAUCACUACAGCAGCUGCAGCCCCUGGUGACCUCAACUUUGUGAAUGACGAGGGUGACAUGCUUCCUUUACGGACCUAUGGCAUGUUUUCUGUUGACUUUAGAGAUGAGACAAACAAGGAAGUACUUGGAGCUGGGGCAGUCCAAGUCCUCCUUGACACACAGCAUGUUAAAAUGCAAGAGCAUAUUCCCGAAAUGAAGCUGUGGUCUUUAAACCCAGAGACAGGUGUCUGGGAAGAGGAGAGUAAAUUUUCCCACAGCAAAACCCCCACUAGUGGUCAUGGACGAAGCAAACGUGAGGACCGCACAUUUCUGAUAGGCAAUAUGGAGAUCAGAGAACGUAGAUUGUUUAAUUUAGAUGUGCCUGAAAACCGGCGCUGUUAUGUUAAAGUGCGUGCCUACAUGAGCGAUAAAUUCCUACCGUCUGAACAGCUCGAGGGUGUUGUAAUCAGCUUGAUUAACUUGGAGCCCAAACCUGGUUAUUCAUCAAAUCCCAGGGCAUGGGGCCGCUUUGACAGUGUCUUAACUGGGCCCAAUGGAGCGUGUUUGCCAGCCUUCUGCGAUGCCGUGAGACCUGAUGCUUACACUGCUUAUGUUACAGCAAUGCUUGGUGGAGAGGAGCUGGAUGCAGCUCCUUCCUCCCCCAAGAUGAAUCCAAAUGUCAUUGGUGUGGCUCAACCCUACCUAGACAAGCUAGAUUAUCAACGGUGUGAUCAUGACGAUCCAGCUCUGAAGAAAAAUGCUUUCAGAAUUAACUUGGCAAAGCCUAAUCAAAACAAUUUUGAUGAAACUAAUGGACCAAUAUAUCCAUAUCAAAAUUUAUUAGGCUGUGAAAAUGCCCCUGUGGAUGCUAAUCAUUUUAGAUUUUUCAGAGUAGAAAAGGACAAGUAUGAAUACAAUGUUGUUCCCUUUGAGGAAAAUGACUUGACAACAUGGACAAGAGACUACCUUUCCUGGUGGCCUAACCCCCAGGAAUUCAGAGCAUGUUACAUCAAGGUCAAAAUUCAUGGCCAAAAAGAACUGAUGGUUCGGUCAAGAAACCUGGGAGGAACACAUCCAGAGACAAGAGGCAAACUAUAUGGUAUUAGAGACAUUCGUAGUACCCGUGACAUGCGAGAGGCCAACACCUCAGCUGCCUGUGUGGAGUUCAAAUGUAGUGGCAUGUUGUUUGAUCAGGCAGAGGUGGACAGAUCUCUCAUAUCACUGAUUCCACAGGGCAACUGUCGCAGGAUUAGUACCAAUGGCCUUCUACAGGAGUAUCUCAUCAAACAUCCACCAAUUGCUCAUAAUAAUGAGUCACAUGCUCUCACCAUGUUAGCACCUGUUGAUCCUUUAGGACACAACUAUGGCAUCUACACAGUCACAGACCAAAACCCCAGAGUGGCCAAAGAAAUUGCCAUUGGGCGCUGCUUUGAUGGAACAUCAGAUGGUUUCUCCAGAGAGAUGAAGUCCGACUAUGGAGUGGCAGUGACCUUCCUUUGUCCAGAAAGGAAGAUAAACAGAGAAAGCCUCUUUCAGCGUCUGCAAACAAACCCAGGUCAGACACUUUCUCAGAUGGCGAGGGACAUGAGAGAACAGGGGGGUGUGCAGGUGCAGAGAUCUUCUACCCAGGUUGUGGCUUAUCCUUCAGAGCAGCAAGCAAGGAGCCAGAGUCGCAGAGUUAGUUCUACAACCAGAAGAAGAGCAUCCAUGCGAGCACAGCAGCGCCAAUAG